AUGCCACCAGAGACUCUUGUUCUCGAUGGGCUUUGGUAUUGUCUUUGCCCGUCAUAUAGUCCGGCUUCACUAUACCGCGCAAGAUGCCUAUUGCAAUCGGUGAAACGGGCAUCGAGGCUUGCGUCGACACCACCGCGAAGAUGCUACCGCAGCAGCAACAACCAUUCUAUCGUUGGAGUCGAUAAGAAUUUCUGGCAUAAAGGUGGAUGGGAUGGCGAAUCUCUGUAUGAAAAUCACAGUGUGGUUCAAUCCCAUUGGAAUGCGAACACCCAACUCGCAGCCGACAUCGUGCAACAGACCAUAAGACGGGCACCGAAAAAGGCUAUGGGCGUGCCCAGAGACCUGGAGAGAAGGUCAACUGAGAAUCUCGAGAACAUGCUUCAGGAUCUGAUGGUCAAAUCGCCCAGUAUCCUAAGUGCGACGCAAAUACUCCGCUGCCUAAUUCGGGAUCGCCAUGUCCGUCCUGAAGUCCGCCACUACAGAGCCUUGAUACUUGCCAAUACGGACGCAGAGCGUGGCUCGCCCAAAGUAGUUCGCAAAUUGCUUUCAGAGAUGGAGGAGAAUCGCAUUCCCACAGACUCGGGUACUCUGCAUGCUGCAUUGCAGGUACUCGCAGUACACCCGGAUUACGUUCUUCGUCAACAAAUUCUCGAUACCCUGCGGGAUCGAUGGCUUCCUCUUAGUCCUGCCGGUUGGCAUUUCGUUAUUGCUGGCCUUGUCAGAGAGCGUCAAUUAGAACUUGCCCUGGACCAUGUUGCCGCAAUGGAGACAAAGGGCAUUCCUAUAGAAAGCUGGCUACACAGCUUACUCGUUUACAAUCUUUGUGACGUUGACGAAUUCGAGGAGGUAUUGAAUCUAAUGUGCUCUCGCGACAGGCAUAACCACAUCACGAAGAAGCUAUGGAUGUACGUGUUGGACGCGGCCAGCACCGCUCUGCAUCAUGAAACAACUUCCUACGUUUGGAACCAACAGGUGGGACUAGGGUACCUUCACCCGCCCUACCGGGUCUGCAGUAACGUUCUUACUGUUGCGUCUCGUACGGGUGAUACUGAUCUGGCAGCAUCGGUUUUCCAUUACUUCACAGAGACGGGAACUCCUCCGGAUUUGCGAGAUUACGAGAGGCUUGCCGAAGCCCAUGUCAUGUCUGGAGACCUCUAUACUGCAUUCUAUGUUCUCUGUAACACGCAGAAAGCAGGCAUUCCGCUGGAGGAGAGAUCUACGCGCUCCGUCUUGAAGUACAUGAUCCAGAAUGAAACUGACCCACUAGACGCGUGGGCCAUGCUUAAGAGACUGAAAGCGUUGAGAUGUGAAAUCCCCAUUCACUGCGCUAAGGUUCUCAUCGAUCUCUGUGAGCAUAAUGCACUUCACGACCCAUCUGCCAUGGAUGACGGGAUAGCCCUGUAUGAGGAGCUAUAUACUCUAUGCCCGAAUGGCGCUGAUGUGUCGACGUAUAAUACUCUUAUACGCAUGUGCCGUAGAGGCCGCAGCCACCAAGCGGUUAUGUUCGUGAUUAAAGAGAUGGCUUCACUUGGAGUGGUGCCAGACAGUACGACGUUUGAGUAUAUAAUCUUGGUGUGCCUGGAUGUCAAGGAUUAUCGAUCCGCGUACAUGUACUUUCAGGACAUGCUAGAACGGGGCUGCUUUCUUAGUGAGGAUGGCCGGAUGGAGAUCCGCGACCUAUCUGCUGGAUCGGAUGAUGUCUACGCUGUCCAACUGAGAUCGCACCCUCUCAUCGAGGAAGAGCCGGUGCCCGACAGGAGUUUCAAUGACGAGGAUGAGGAUGAAGAUGAGGUGGAAUCUGGUCAAGAAGAGGGGGGGCAGUCGAGGCCCGCACGAGGGGCAGGAAGAAGAGAACGCCAGAAGAGGAGGAGGAAAAGGCUGGCGAACAAGCGAGCCAUGGAGGAAGAAGGCUGGAUGAACUGGGAGGCUGGCGGUCUUAUUCCUGAUGAGCCGAGAGGCGAUUCUGAGGACUCGGAGGGAGCGCGAGCUGGCAAAGAGGCUGCACAGCACACCGCGGUAUGA